AUGGUGGCAGAGACAAACAGCCCGUCUCGGGCGUCUCCCGAAAACCUGAGCAGAGAGGGGGGAGCACCCGACGAGCAAGGGAAGGACGGGAUAGAGGAGAUCUGCGAAUGUGCGAGAAAGGACUCUGAACACUGUGUGCCUUCUGCGGAAGAAGCUCAAGAACUCCUGGAGGCGUUAGAGGCGGAGGAGGCCGCGCUUGACCCUCAAGAGCGACAGGCGAUGACCAGACUCGGACUCACAGGCUGCCGAGAGGCGAUCUUGGCGAUGAGGCAACAAAUCCGGCAAAGGUUCGAGAGACACCGGGCUUUCCUCGACGACACGCACCAGCUCCUCGGCGAGCGGAACUUUUACUUCGAUAAACUCAACUGCAUUCAGCGGAAGAUCCUCGAGGACUUCGGCGACUCGCACGUCGGUCAGAAGGUGCUUGCAAUCAUCAGCGCUCGGCCUGCUGGUUUUUAG